CUGGAAUAGACUAUGUGAUUGGUAAUACUAAGUUGUCUGUGUGUGUUGCCCACGCCCUGAGGACGCUGCCCAGUCUGUUUGAUCCCACGGUCUAGCCGCUUUCGCCUGUGGAGCGAGGGAGCAAGGCGUACCUCGACAGAUGGCGUAGCGAAUCCAAUGAUGGAACAACUUGGUCUCGAUAACAUGCUCAGGUCCAACCCGCCCCGUCGGAUGCUCCGUUUCUCAGUGUGAGAGGGACCAUUCCUCGCCCCCGGGCAUGACUUAUAUGCCGUCUUUUCUCUCCCAGGUGUUGUGCUUGAUAUCCUACCACAUCGCCAGCCUCUCCUUUGAAUUACCGGACAUAAUUUCAACACAACAGAAUGAACACGUUUUUAUUUUUUGUCACGGGCAUCAUUGCCUGGCGACUGUACACUACCAUCGCCCACCUCGGCACCGUGCCCACGAAGGUGCCAUGGGUUGGGAGCACCGGCUCUCUCCUCUCCUAUCUCUACUCCCAGCUCAAGGCCAUUCAAAGCACCCCGUCGACCAUCAGUGAUGCAUACCACAAGUACAGCAAACAUGGCUCGAUCUGCGCCAUCCCGCUGCCCUUCAGCCGGCCCGAGAUUCUCAUCCCGCGCUCACUCAUCAAGUGGAUGAUAUCGCAGGACGAGAGCCAACUGAGUCCCACCCCGGUCCAGUACGAGGUUGUUGCGGUGAAGUAUGCCUUCGUCAACAAAGAAGUCCACGGGGACACGGCCGUCUACCAGGUUCUCCGUACCAACAUGAACCGCCAGCUGCCGAAGCUGAUCCCGUCCAUCAUGGAGGAGCUAGCCACGCGUAUCGAUGAGCAGUUCGGGACCAGCGGCGAGUGGCGGGAGGUGCCAUCGCACGAGCUGGUGAGGAACGUCAUUGCGAGAGUCUCGUCUCGUAUCAUCUUCGGCGAGCCGCUAUGCAACGACGUCCAACUCCUAGACAACAUUGACAAGUUCUCCACCUGCAUCGUCCCCAGCUCGCUCCUCCUGCGCUUAUUCCCCCCCUUCCUGCACCCACUGCUCUCCUACGCAACCCACUCCGGCAACCGCAUCUACAAGCACCGUGCCGCCAAGGUUUUGGCGCCCUACAUCCAGAACAUGAUCAGCACCAUGGAGGAGGAGGGGGAGGAGCACAAAAACAACAACAACAAUACUACUAAUAAUAGCAAACCUCCUCGGAGGAACGACGUGCUCACCUGGCUAGUGGCCGACGCGCUGAAGCGGAACGAGCCCCGCGCGGGGCUGGUCGACCGGCUGAUCUGCCGCGUGUUCGUCACCGUGUUCGCCUCCAUGGAGACCACCACCAUGACCAUCAGCCACGCGCUGCUCGACCUGUGCGCCGCGCCCAACGCGCCCGACGUGUGGGCCGGUCUGGCCGAGGAAGGCCGGCGUGUAAUCCCGUUGUCGUCGUCGUCAUCAUCAUCAUCUUCUUCUUCUUCCUCUUGUUUAUCGGUGCCGCGGCUCGACCUGGCGAGUGUGAAUGGUCUCGCCCGCGCCGACAGUGCCCUGAAGGAGACCCUGCGGCUGCGGACGAGCAUCAAGGCGCUUGCUACCGAGGUUACCGCGCCCGGCGGGGUGGUGCUGGAGGGGGAUAAGGCCAUCUAUGGCGAGAAUGCGGAUGAUUAUGAUGCCUUUCGGUUCUGUCAGCCACUAGUACUGCCUGAGACUGAGACUGGCAAGGUGGUGGUGGUCAGCAGCACAGCGGAAGAGGCGGGCGACGGGAAAGAUGCCAGUGGGGGAGGCGCCACCGCAACCAAGACCAAGACCGAGACGACGGGUGCUUCUGCUGCGAAGAUCGACCUCAUGGUCUCGGCCAGCGAGAACUAUCUCCCCUUUGGAAUGGGACGGCAUUCUUGCCCCGGUCGCUACUUUGCCGCCGCCGAGCUGAAGCUGUUCCUGGCCUACCUGGCCGUGCACUACGAUCUGCAGCUGGCGGACGCUGGCCGCCCUGGCUUUGUUAGCAUUGGGCAUUUUCCCCUCCCGCCGCUGAACGGGAGGCUUAGGGUCAGGAGGAAGACUCCUGUUCCGCUGGCCACGGCGCGGGAGGUUACGGCUGAGGUAUAGAGCCCGGUUUUGAUUACCGGGUGGGCUUGGCUUAGAAUCUGGAUAUGAGCUUCAUGGCCUUAGUGAGGAGCACUCAGAACUCAGUCAUGUGUCCCAUUUGUUUUGCUAUUACCUGUUUUGGUGUUUAUGGCAACCACCAUGCGAAGAGCCUUAGAUCGGUCACGACAAAACAUAGCUGCGAGCAGGGUGCCACUGUGCCGGAUUGCAGAGUACCUACCAUGUAUCUCCGCGAUGUUGCCAUCAACUAAAUUCGCAAGAGCCAUUGCGACGUCUGUUUUUUCUUUCAAUAAGGGCGCGGGAUGAAUCCAUUGUCAACAAGCGCUCAAGGGUUCCUUGGCACCUCCUGAAUACUAGAUACUACCCGCCUAAGGCAGAGUCACUCUAGCUGCCAUAGGAGGAUUCUGCUGAGAGUCGAUAGUCC